AUGGUUUUUGAACUAUUUAGGAUUGAUUCAAAAACGAUAACACGUCCGAAACGGCCGGUAGGAGUUUCUCUUCCAGAAAUUAAUCAGCCUGGAGUUGCUCCGAAUGACGUUUCUAAUGGUGUGCAACCUGUAGCCGUAGUUGUGCCUUCUGUUCCGACUCCCGUUCAACGCAUUGAGAGCACUCCUGUUCGGAAAGUGGAGCAGAUUCCAUUAAAAGGACCGAAUGAUUUAGGUUUGAGAGAGAACAUAAAAAAAAAUGAAUCGAAGCAACCAGGGCAACGGCCUCGUCAGAAGACGAUGGUAGUACAAAGCCAGCUUAGUCUUGAGAUAGAAAACGCUUUUAAAGAGGCAAAAGAGAAGUUAGGCGAUGAAGCAGUUGCAGAAGUCCAGCGCCGUAUCCAAAGUUUGGUUUCCAUAAAGGAACGAGAGUGGUUAGCUAAACAGGAAAAGUUAAUGGAACAACUUGAUAGUUGGGAACAUAAAGCGGUUGAGCGCAACGUGAUAGUUUACAAAUAUAGUCAGUUAGUUAAAGAUUUAGUCGACGGAAUAAAGUUGACUUCUGCGAAAAAUGCCCCUAGUCAAACACAUCCGGCGAAGGGCUUACUAGGACGACCCGGACCAGAAAGGACGGUUUCUCCUGACGAAAUUGCACUUUUAAGAAAAGAAAGGGAUCAGCUCGCGGAAGAUGUGAUUUCUUGGGAGACCAGUUACGACGAGCUCUACAAACGUUACGAAAAGCUAAGACAAGCCAGCAUAGAAUUUAAGCAGACUGCUGAAGAAACGAAGGCGGCAUACGAGAAACUGCAGGAGCAGUAUGAUGAAGCCAAAAAAAAAUUUGAAAUUCUGAAGACUGAAGCUGAAAACGAAAUCAAUCGAGCUAAUUUAGAAAUGGAAAGGCAGGAAGAAUUACGUGAGAGUGAUAGCUUAGCUUUGCGCCUGAAGGUAAAACGUUUGGAAGCAAAGAAUACGGCGUUAACUACAAGUUUGGAUGCUAAGGGUCUUGACUGCUUGAGAUAUUACGAGCUACUUAAUCCGCGAAAUUAUUAG